AGAAGAGUUACAGAGGAGCAGGUGUUUUAUUGAAAGAUCAAGAUAAAGGCUGUUGACGAUAAGGGUUUACCAUCACAGAAUUUCGACAGGUGCAUCUGAGGACUCAGACAAUCAUGAUGUUGAUCACUGCAGCUCUUAUUCUCAUCAUCACCUGUGACGCUGCUCUAGGACGGGAUCACGAAGUGCCUGUCAAAGGGAUAUUGGAUAUGGCACUGAAUUCAGUUGAUGACCAAUAUGAUGGUUGUUCGAAAAACAUGUCAGACCUUGUGAAGACAAAAUACCUACAUGAAGAAAUCUCUGUCAACAAAUCAGGCUUUGGAAAAGCUUGGAGAGAUGGUGAAGAAAAAAACCCUGGACCACGAGAUGACUUGACAAGAAACAAUUGUAUUGCUAUUUCUGUGUACACGGGUAGUAAAGUACACAAUGAAUUCAUUAAUGCUGUCAGGAUUGGUAAACAAGCGUACAAAAAACAGACAUUCAAAUGGUACUCGCUUCACUUUUUCUUGACAGAAGCGAUGCAGAGUCUAAAGAAAACACAAAAGAAAUGCAAAGUAACAUAUCGUGGUACCAGGGAUAGUUUCGAACAAAGGACUUUUCUGAAAAAAGAGAUUCGUUUUGGCUCAUUUGCGUCCUCCUCUCUUAAUAAAAAUGAAGCAAAGAGAUUUGGAAAUCUUUCUUGUUUUGAAAUCUAUACUUGUCAUGGUGCUGAUGUGACUAAAUACUCUGAGCAUCGUCGUGAGAAAGAGGUUCUGAUUCCCCCGUAUGAGAAGUUUAUCGUUACUGCUAUCAGGACAGGUCAGAAUGGUGACUGGUGUAAGACUGUGUACACGUUGAAAAGCUCUGGAAUACAAAGUAACUUAAACUGCGCUGUGGCAUCAAUCGAUUCUCAGUAAUAUUACACUUUUAUCCGAUCCGCAAAAAACAGUCUUUUAGUUAAAAGUAAUCAUGGUGAUAAACAAAUGAGAUGACUCUGAAUGUUGCGUUCAACAAAGACACUGCAAACUAUUUGACCAGUAUCAGAGGAAAGGUAGAAUGUCUUAUUUCAUAAGACCACAAUCCACUUUCCUCUGAUCAACACACAUUUUCUUGAAGUCAUGGAUAUGUAAAGUUAUGUACCAUUGCAUUAGAAAUUAUUAAAUACUCAGAAUGGACAUAAUACAUUUGUGCUUUCAUCCUAGAUAGCGAU